ACACAAUUACACGUCUGGGCAAUAGGAUUCCGGAAACUUAUUUAGAAGUCCGCAAUCAAUGGAAGAAUGCCUUGAUGAUGUCAUCAAUUCAGCAGGCCACGGGUUCAUGGUGGGCCUAAUCGGCGGAUCCACCUUCCACUUCUUCAAGUCCCUUUGCAACUCUCAAGCUACCGCUUGCAACGCCGUGUGCCUAAAUGGAUCCCGCGUCGGGGGCAAGGUUGCCGCCUGGGCUACCCUCUUCACUGCCUCCUACGACGCCUUGGUUUCUGUUCGUCAGAAGGACGAUCCCUGGAACGGCAUAUUUGCCCCGGCCAUCAGCAGCGGGCUGCUCUCCUUGUCCCGCCGCAGUCUCAGAGCCUCCGCAUGCUUCACCAUGUGUGGUGCUCUCUACGGCAUAGCAGGAGAGGUCAUUCCAAUCAUGAGGAACAAAUUCGAGGCCGAUUGCAUGCUUGAGAAAUCGAGGAAGGCAGCAAGCAACACACCUCAUUUUCCUGAUGUUUCCAGCGCUAAAGUUUGAAUUGUGAUGUUAUGUGUGCAUGGAUGGAAAACAGGAAACUCAGGAGGACCAUUGAUUGACUCAUACGGCCAUGUUAUUGGCGUAAACACAGCAACCUUCACCAGAAAAGUAACUGUUAUGGGGAUGCUAUUCUUCACUAAUAUUCCAACUCCCCAAGAAUACUUA